AUGGACACCAAUGGCGUCAACCAAAUAAUCAUUGCGCUUGAGGCAGUGUAUGACGCCAAGGUGGACAAUGCCAGGCGGCGCGAAGCUCAGGCGUUCCUCGAAGAGGUCAAACUCAACGAUGAGCUGCCAUAUUGGGGGUACCAACUUGCCCUACCUGAUAAUGGGCUGGAUCACAUUGUGCGUCAUUUCGGUCUCCUGCUUCUUCAACACGCCAUUCGGUCUCGAUAUCAUCAAUUGGAUCAAGCAAAGCUGGUCGCUAUUCGCAAUUGGGUGGUAGAGUUGGCUGCAAAAACUGCUGAAGACGAACCUCAUUACAUCAAAGAGAAGAUUGCUUUUCUCUGGGUGGCCAUUGCGAAGCGUGUCUGGGGAUCUCACUUAAUCAAGCAACGUGAAUCUGUUGAUUUGUCUGAUUCUGAAAAGGAAGCCCUGUGGAUAUCAAUGGACCUAGACUUAUGGAACCUAUGGAAUUCCCUGUUAGCAACUCGUGACGUCUCCAUUAUCAUUCUUCGGACGUUGUUUGAGGACAUAUAUAUCAUUGAGGAUCCCGCUGCGGCCAUGCGCCUGACUGUGUUGAACCAACUCGCGAUUACAAUCACAACGCCAGACAACGUGUUAGAUACAAUUUGGGAACCACUGCCGCAAUUCGCAUUAUGCAAGGCACUGAGUGAAGGUUGGUUCAAAGCCUGGGCUCAAUUUCUUGUCGAGCGUCUCAGCCAGCACGACAUCCUGCUGCCUGAGUGCCAAUUGUUUGUUCCAAAAUUGCUACACACAUUCAAAACGUGCUUGCAUUGGAUCCUGCCGCAAGUUCUCCGGGAAGAGAAUAUCAUGGCUAACUUGUUCAAGAUUUUAACACUUGACGAUACCAAAAUAAAGACAGCCGCAAUAGACUGUUUGCAUAUUCUUUUCACAAGAAAUUAUGGAGACGAUGAUUUUGAGUAUUUUGUUGGACUGGUUUUCACUGCAGAAGGUAUCUCUAACUUACUGCAAUUUUACCAUCUGCUCGAACUUGAUGCUGACGAUAUUGAUGAACAAGUGUAUGCUCUUGUGAAGAAACUGGUUGAGAUGAUUGUUCUGUUACUGGAAUUUUUGAAUAUCAGUUCGAAGCAAAAGGUAAAUUGGGAAACGCUGGAUGUCGCUGGAUAUCUCAAGUUGGUUUUAAUUACUACUAAUCAUCCGUCUCUAAUUGUGCUGGGUCUUCUGCUACAAAUGUGGGUGACUAUUUUGCGGUAUGAUGAAUUACUGCUGCGAGAGCAGAUUGUAAACAUAAUUCCAGAGUUGUUGCAAAUUGCGAGUGAUCGCACGAUAAAUUAUCAGAAUGACGCGAACAACCUUCUGACAAAAUUUUUGGCCGUUGAUUUUGACUCAUCCCCCGAAGCUGAUCUGUUUCUUAAUAAUUACCGCAAGUUUUGUGAAGACAUUGUUCGCAUUUCCGUUUGUAAGGCUCCUGAGCAAGGGCUCUCAUGGUUAGAGCAAAGGCUUGAGCAGUUUUUCAGUUCAGGGUUGGGCCGUCAAUGUAUUAGUGAGCAUCAUUUGGACGAGAAGCUGUUGGCGUUAAAUUAUGGCAAUGCACAAUUUAACGUUAUCGAAAAUUGUAUCAGAGGCAUCUCACGUUGGCGCAUUUGGUACUCUGGGGAAGAUUUCGAAACUCUCAAUGAGCGGCUCAACAGUCAGGUGGAGGUGUUGGGAGAACGACUUUUGGCAAUGAAUUUGGCUCUGCCACGACUCAUACGGAAGCAGGUUCAAACUCUCGUUCAAUUUGCACCGUUAUUAAAAGAUCAAGGUCCACUCAUGUUUAAGGUCUUGGAACGUAUCCUACACACAGCCACGUACGAUUACCCCUCAGAUAUUGAUGAUGACGAGCGCGAGUUAAUUCGUGAUUUGCGUACACUGUGUGGUACUGAACUCAACAGGUUGGCAUAUAUCAUGCCAGAACUGCUCAAAAACAUUUUUGAUGAUUUGGAAAACGUCAUCUCGCAAAUUUUGUCGAGCAAUAAAGUCACUGACCACGAAGUUGUUGCUUUCAAACUGUUCUUAUUGGUGAUAGCUCUGCGGCUGCUGAUAGAAAAUAAGGAUGAACUAUUCAGCAAGAUUGUCGAUCCUGAGCUCGCCGCUUGGCUGGCUCCGGACACCGAGAAAGGAUUGCUUGAUCUUCAUUGGUUCAUGCAACGUAUCGGAAUUGUUGAGAUUGCCAGUUAUUUCCAAAAACGGGGUAUAAAUGAACAGACUAACUUGCUUCUGGUUCAAAUGGAUGCGGAGGGAAAGGAUUUGCGUAAGCGGUUGCGGGAUCAUUGGCUGCUGAUUUUUCCAAUUCGAGCGACCCGCAUCUUCAUCCAGUAUUCAAUCGAAAAACUAAGCCAUGAUCUGUCUGAGUAUAAUAACUUACGAAAGUUAUGGGCACCACGAGUGCAGCCAAUUAUUCCUCACAUCUUACAGCUAUUGCUGCAAAUUCAAGCUUAUCACAAUCCUGCAAACUGGAGAGACUUACCAGAAAGUGUGCGCCUGUUUGUGCGCGAUCUGUGUUUAGAGCGAUUUUGGCAGCAGGGUGUGAGCGUUCAACUGAAGGAGAUGUUUAUCGAAGAAAAUGUGAAAGCCGCCCUUACUCUUCGGGAUUUUGCAGACUCCGUGGGUCAUUUGAUUCGCUAUACUCGCGAGUAUGCUUUUUUGACUAUUGGGCUGAUUGCUCAGUUAGAAGAUACGUUAUAUGAAAUACCCGAUGUGGGGCAGAUGUUAUGGAAUGCGGUCGCUGGCGACACCACUGGUAUCACGUUGCACUCGUGGAAGCAUAUGCUUAAUUCAUGCUUGCGGCUGGUUGUGAAAUUUUGUCCUGUUGAACAUGUUCCUAACUUCAUGCUGCAAUUGUUGCCAAUGGCUUUCAAAGAUUUGGAUACGCUAUUAGUGACUCGUUGGAACAAGGUUUAUGAGAAUGGUCUUUGUCUCGGACAAGGUGAUACUGAUGAUUUAUCUGAGGAAAUGAUGGAGGAGCAUAUGUUAAGACAGCUUUCAGCAACAGUUGUAAGAUUUUUGAUGGAUAUUGUUUCCCAACUCAAUGCGAAACAGGUCAGUCCUCUUCAGGUCGCAUGUCGCAAAUUGGUAUCUGAGGAUCGCGAUGUCAUGGCAUCUUUCAUACAGUUGAGUAGCCAUAUCAUUCAGUUCAAGGACACUAAAUGCUCGUUCAACACGGUUUUGAUUAUUCGAAACAUAAUUCUGGAAAUCUUGUUGAAAGAUGAUGAAGUGGAUAAGUAUAUUUGUGAUAAUUUGUUACCUGCAUUGUGUAACAUCCUUCUAGAUGAUUAUUUCCAUGAAACCCAUCCGGAGGCAGCGGUCACCCUUACAACCAUUUAUUGUAACUUGAGAGCAAAGAGCGAUUACCCCGCACGUGCGUUGUUGCAAUGUUUGCCUAAUGUAUCGACAGCUCGUUUGUCAAACUUCGAGCAGCUUUUGGUAUCCUCUAAAACCGUGAAAUCUCAAAGAGGAGUUCUUCUUGACUUGAUUCGCGUUUCGAAAGAAGAUGCGACAAAUGGCACUGAUGACGAUGAUAUUGCGAAGCGAAAACAACAAUUGGAGCGUGUGGCUUUGUCUCGGACGAAGAAGAGUGCUGGUGGGGAUGUAAUGAACGACCCGUUCACUGAGAAUGGAGCUCUCACAAAUCUAUUUGGUGAUGACUGA